UUUCUACAGAAAACAUUCGACUAUAAAUCGCAAAUUUUCAGUUGGGUUCAAGGAGUCUUUUAUUAAGGCACUUGUUCUUUCAUCACUCUCUAUCUCUGCUAGUAACAAUUAAUAAACGCGCCUAAUAACAGUUUUUGAUUGUUACCUUAUCAAGUACUUAAUCCUUUAUUAAAAAGGUCAGCUGGUAUACAUUAUUAUUACCACUGAUAAUAGAGAAAAAGAGAGAGAUGCUAACAACAGCUCAACAACCACUUCCACAGAGACCUCGUGGAAAUAAUAAUGGUGUUGACGUACAACAUAAUGUACCACAACAGCAAGAACAAUAUUACCCGCAGCAAAAGUUCUAUCCACAAGCGCCAAAUUUUCAAGAACGAGUUCAAGUAUAUGGUAAUAACCAAAACCAGUUAGCGCACGGUGCGGCUGAACAGAGACGAUAUGUGCCUCAUCAGCCAACCUUAGGCGACUAUAUUCCUAGUCAUAACCGUCUACUUCAAGGUGCAGCUGAUCAAAGACCAUAUCAGCCCCAACAGCCAGAUUACAGGGCUUUUUCAAACGGCCAAGGACCAGUAAUACAAGAAGAUAGACGGUUUUACAAUAGACCAUUUCUAGUUGAUCAUUGGACAAGGCGCAACUAUAACCAAUGGCAGAAUGGUCGAUUUGACCGACCGUUCGUGCCAAGAACCAAUGGUCAGACUAAUAGAAUGAAAUAUGAUGGUAGACCAUGGCAGCAGCAACUGUCAUUUGUUAGGUUUAACCCUUUGAGUCCGGGAUUAUUUUUCAGCACUAAGAAUAAUUAA